AUGGAGAGGAAGCUUUAUACAAAGCUUUCAAAGUGUGACUUUUGGAAGGAGGAAGUUAAAUUUUUGGCGCAUGUAGUGAGCCGUGGAGGUAUAACGAAGGAUCUUGCUAAGGUGGAAGUAGUGACAGAAUGGGGACAACCAACCUCUGUGAUAGAGGAGAGAAGUUUCUUAGGAUUAGCUGGUUAUUACCAGAGAUUCAUUAAGGAAUUCUCGCAAAAUGCAUUGCCGAUAACCAAGUUAACUCGCAAGGAUACACCGUUCGUGUGGACGUCUGAAUGGAAAGCUAAUGUGGUGGUGGAUGCAUUAAGUAUAAAAUCUUUAAGCGUUGCGUGGAUGAUUAUUAAGGAAGAAGAGUUGCAAAGAAAGCUUGUAGAUCUUAACUUGGGUGUUAGAGAGGUGGCUGGAAAUGUAUGCUUAAACCAGCUGCACAUCUCUAGGAAUUUUAAGGCAGAGAUUCAGAAAGUUCAACAGGGUGAUCAGGAGUUGCAGAAGAUUAUGCAAGGGAUUCGAUAG